AUGUGUUGUAGUCAGGGGGCCCUCACUGGAAUUGGCACUAUACUGUUUGGACUUCCAGCCUCCAACAUUGUUCACUACCCAGAACUCUUCGUUUGGGUCAGUCAAGAACCGUUUGCAGGCAAGGAAAUGGAGAGAAGCCUUCCUAAGAGAAGGUUUCACGUCCCAAAGGAAGUGAAUGACAAGAAGAUCAAUGAGACCAACAGUGUCCCCCUGACUCCACUGGGCAGCAAUGAACCCCACUCCCCAAGUAUCAGUUACCUCCACUUGUUUGAAUGGCAACACCUCCAUCUGUGUUUCAUACCAUGUGUGGGUACUGAUGAGGUCAUGGUAUCACAUAUAGGAUUUUAA